AUGGCCAUUAUGUCUUUCAAACAUGGUCUGCGCCCGGAAAGUAAGUUGAGACAAUCACUUACCAAGCACCCGGCCACAGCAUUGAAAGAUUUGCGUGCUAGGAUUGAGCAGUACGCUCGCCUCGAAGAUGAUCAGAUCCCCAUCGAGGUAGCAUUAGGAGAACAAACAACUCGGCACAAGAAGAAAGCAGAUAGAGGAGAACACCGAGGGCUACUGGUGAAUGAGGUGGAUAAGUCUAAAUCUCAUGAAGCCGUCAUAACUGUAUUCAAAGAACCGAUCUAUCGAAUCCUGGAAAGGAUCAAGAGAGAGCCCUUCUUUGUUUGGCCACCGAAAAUGUUGGGAGAUCCGAUCCGGCGCAAUCAGAAGCUCAAAUGCACCUACCAUCAAGACAGGGGGCACAUGACUCAGAAUUGCAGGGCACUGAAGCAACAUUUAGAGGACCUAGUAGCAGUUGGGCACCUCCGGGAUUACAUUGAUCAAGAUAAGGAAGUGGCCGAACCAGGGAACCCACCACCAAAACCGAAUAUUGAGCACCCACCUCGGUUGAUAAUAAAUGUGAUCCAUGGAACAGCGACUUAA